AUGACAGGCGCCAACGGUGUCAAUGGCGUCAAAGCACCCAAACCUGUCUUCCCUGCAGAGGCAUCAUCCUCUGAGUAUGCAGCCUCGCUGGACAAGUUGGAUCCAUUGAACAAACUGCGGGACGAGUUCAUCAUUCCCUCGAAGGCAAACCUUGCCAGCAAGAAGCUGGCCAAGCCAGGACUUUCAUCAGAGCCCAGCAUUUACUUCUGCGGUAACUCAUUGGGUAUUCAACCCAAGGCAGUGGCAAAGUAUAUGGAGGCACAGCUCGACACCUGGUCCUCAAUCGGUGUCUGCGGCCAUUUCACCAAUAUGGAGGACUCUCCUCUUUCCCAAUGGCAAUUACUCUCUGAGCAGGCAUCGGCGUCAAUGUGCAAAAUUGUUGGCGCAGCACCCGAAGAAGUGGCCGCGAUGGGCACUUUGACCAUGAACUUACAUUUGCUGUUGGCCAGCUUUUACAAGCCGACAGAGACUAAACGAAAAAUUCUAAUGGACUGGAAGGCAUUCCCCAGUGAUCAUUACGCUAUUGAAUCGCACAUUGCCUGGCACGGUCUUGACUCAAAAGAAAACAUGGUUCUCAUCGGCCCGGAUGAGGGCACCUAUGAAAUUUCGACCGAAAAAAUUCUAUCAUACAUUGAUAAGCAUGUCAACGACGCUGCUCUUCUUCUUCUACCAGGAAUCCAGUAUUACACGGGUCAGCUCUUCGAUAUUCCCCGCAUCACCCAGUACGCCCAGGAUCGCGGUCUCACCGUUGGUUGGGACCUAGCUCACGCUUACGGUAAUGUGGAGAUCAAACUGCAUGAGUGGAACGUCGAUUUCGCUGCGUGGUGCACCUACAAAUACGGCAAUGCCGGCCCUGGCGCAAUGGGAGGCCUCUUUAUCCAUGAGCGACAUGGCAAGGUUGAUUACAGUGAAGGCGAGGAUUCACCAAAGUUCCGACAUCGUUUGACUGGCUGGUAUGGUGGUGAUCGCUCGGUCCGGUUUAAAAUGGAUAACAAGUUCAAACCCAUCCCUGGGGCUAAUGGUUUUGUGAUUUCUAACCCUUCAGUAAUUGAUCUGACUACUCUCUGUGCUGCUCUGUCCGUUUUCGAUAAAACAACGAUGGCGGACCUACGCCAGAAGUCCUUUAAGCUGACUGCUUAUCUGGAAUACCUGCUACUCAAAGAUACCACAGACGAGGGCCGCCAAUUCACAAUCAUUACCCCAUCUGAUCCCCAUGCGCGUGGUGCACAGCUGAGUCUCCUACUUAAGCCGGGUCUUUUACACAAUGUGGCCCAGCGCCUGCAGGAUGCAGGCAUCAUUUGCGACAAACGUGAGCCCGAUGUGGUCCGAGUGGCACCUGUGCCUCUCUACAACACCUUUUCUGAGGUUUUCAAGUUUGUUGAGGUUUUCAAGAGCGCUCUUGCUCAAUAA